UGGAAAUGAAUGGAGCGCCGUCUGCUCUCUGAUUCCUGCCGAGCGCCGCCCGCGUAGCGCCAUUUUGAAAGUGUAAAGCUAGGAGGGAGGCAGAUGCGAGGGAAAUCUCAAAGUGGGGAGCAAAGUCUGCAAACCAGUACCGGACGCUGUGCGUUAGCUUUCUCUCGUUUAAAAAGUAGCUUCGGGGUUUUUAUAAGUACUCGCCGGACCGAGGGCAUUUGGUGCUAUUAGCAGCCUCAUUCCUCCACUGCUCCUCGGUCAGAACCACCCCGACCGACCCGGGUCACAGCCGCUGCUUCAGUCCAGGGCCUGAACCUGCUACAGAGAGCCCAGUCCCUCACCAUGGCAGGUAAAAGAAAACUGUCAGAACGGCCCGGCGGUGGGAGCAGCGAUGUGCAGUGGUGCUUCUCUCAGGUCAAAGGAGCGAUGGAUGACGAUGUGGCUGAAGCUGACAUCAUAUCUACUGUUGAGUUCAAUCACACCGGGGAGCUCCUCGCCACCGGGGACAAAGGAGGUCGUGUUGUCAUCUUUCAGCAGGAGCCAGAGAGCAAGAGCCAGCCACAGUGCAGAGGAGAGUACAAUGUUUAUAGCACCUUCCAGAGCCAUGAGCCCGAGUUCGACUACCUGAAAAGUCUCGAGAUCGAAGAGAAGAUCAACAAGAUCCGAUGGUUACCUCAGAAGAACGCCGCACAGUUCCUUUUGUCCACAAAUGACAAAACCAUCAAGCUGUGGAAAAUUAGCGAACGUGACAAGAGACCAGAAGGCUACAAUUUGAAGGAAGAAGACGGCCGAUACAGAGAUCCCAACACCGUCACAACACUACGGGUGCCGGUGCUGAGGCCCAUGGACCUGAUGGUGGAGGCCAGCCCCAGACGAGUGUUUGCCAACGCUCACACGUACCACAUCAACUCCAUAUCAGUCAACAGCGAUCACGAGACCUAUCUGUCUGCAGACGACCUGCGCAUCAACCUCUGGCAUCUGGAGAUCACCGAUCGCAGCUUUAAUAUCGUCGACAUAAAGCCGGCCAACAUGGAGGAGCUGACAGAAGUGAUCACGGCCGCAGAGUUCCACCCCGACCAGUGCAACACUUUUGUUUACAGCAGCAGCAAGGGAACCAUCCGCCUGUGUGACAUGAGGGCCUCGGCGCUGUGUGACCAGCACGCCAAGCUGUUCGAGGAGCCAGAAGAUCCGAACAACCGUUCGUUCUUUUCUGAAAUCAUCUCAUCCAUCUCCGAUGUCAAGUUCAGCCACAGCGGACGCUACAUGAUGACGCGAGACUAUCUGUCUGUCAAAAUCUGGGAUCUGAACAUGGAAACCCGACCAGUAGAGACGUAUCAGGUGCACGAAUAUCUCAGGAGUAAGUUGUGUUCGCUUUAUGAGAACGACUGCAUUUUCGACAAGUUUGAAUGCUGCUGGAAUGGCAACGACAGCGUCGUGAUGACUGGCUCCUACAACAACUUCUUCCGGAUGUUUGACCGGGACUACCGACAGGACGUGACCUUCGAGGCGUCCCGGGAAAACAGCAAGCCCCGGUCGGUGCUGAAGCCCCGCAAAAUAAGCACAGGUGGGAAGCGUAAAAAGGAUGAGAUCAGUGUAGACAGUCUGGACUUUAACAAGAAGAUCCUCCACACCGCCUGGCAUCCGCUGGACAACAUCAUUGCCGUGGCCACCACCAACAAUCUGUACAUAUUCCAAGAUAAACUGAACUAAAGUUCGUUAACUCACUCAGAUCCCAAUUUCUUCUUAAGCCCUUUUGCUCUCAGAUUUAAAAAAAAAGCAAACACUUAAACCGUCUUAAGCCAAGCCCCUAAAACUUGAUCAUAUUUGUCCUGAUUAUGUGAGACUUACCUUGUGAAUGGUGCCAUACAUGCAGCCAGCCAGGCCAUAAGAGAAGCAUCACAGCGUGCGGUUAGUUUCCUCCAUUAGCACUCCAUCCACUGAGCUUCCGUUCGUAACUCCACUACAUCCCCAGACCAAAGGGAAAAUAUCAGUUUUAUCACUUGUUUGUGCCAUAAUGACUUGAUUCAUUUGUCUCUUAUUGCUACUAGUUGAGUUUUUGUAGCUUUAAUGUUUCUUCUUGGUUUUGUCUUUUUGUCACCGUUUUUUUUUUUUUUUUUUUUUUUUUUUUGUACUGCCCUGAUGCAUGAAUACAAGCUGUCAACUCUUUUUUUUUUUUGUUUUGUUUGCCCAAUAAGUAUCAAAGUUGCCAAUUUCCUUUCCCCCUCCAUGUACUGUAUGAUUGUACUGUUAAAGGACUAAUCUUGCAUUUCAUUAUGUUUAGCUCGUUCUUUUUAAAACUUUGGGAUAAAUGAUAUCAAAACUAACACAAAGUAAACUUUUUUUUUUUUUUUUUUUUUUUUUACUUCGAAGCAGCUGCUUGUUUACAUUCAUCUCUAUUCUGUAAGAAAAUCUUCUGGUUGUAAUUUCUUUUCUUUCUUGUUUUUUUCCCCCACCACUUCGCUACAACAUAUUGUUUCAAGCGUUUUUUGGCCAUUAGUUUAGGCGUAGGGUACAUCCUAUACACAGCUUCCUUGAUUUUGUCCAGGGGUUAGCCUGUUAAAGGGGUCGGCCAUUGAGUUUUAGCGCUCGCCCGCGCUCGUGCAUGCGUACCCAUGUCCGUGACAGAGAGAGCCACAAGAUGCCCUUGAUAAUUUUUUAUUCACUCAGGUUAUAGGACAGCACCAGAAAAGAUGCGUGUGAAACCAAAAUGUAUGACAGGUUUUCUUACGGAAGUGUGUUUUAUCACUGUAAUUCUGCUGCUGGUUGAGUUUGUAGUAAAUGGAAGGAGGUGAAAUGUUCCCUUUCUACGUGUGUCAGUUUGUUGUACUGCCUGUCGGCUCUGAAACGUGUUCGGUUUCCCUUUUUUUUUGUUUUAUUUAUUUGUUUCGGUCUUCAGCGCUCGACCUCCCGAUCACCACCCGAGCCCAUCGAGGGAAAACGUUUGCUGAUUGAUCGCAUCUCUAAUGUGUAACACAAGUUUCCCAUCAUUUUGGUUUUAGGGGACGAAAGUUGCUUAAAAGCGAUGCUUGCCCGAGGAGCUCGGACAUCGCUGUCGCUCACGUGACGCGAUCUGAUGCGUUCCUCUCAUGCUUCAAAUGAAUAAAAGCCUUCGCCUAACUGUUAGGUCUAACCAAAUAACCUUUUCGGGGCAAAGUAAUGAGCUUUUUCAAAUGAUCAAACUAAUGGAAAUCUCACUAGCAGGUGGGUUUUGCUGCAUCAGACGAUGCCAAAGUAUCCGGUCUGAACUCUCCCUGAAGUUAAAGCUCUCUCGCAGACUUUGCGCCGCUCCCCAGCUUUUACCCACAGCGUACGGGACGCUGUUGCAGAACAACUGCGUAUCAUCGGCAUCUAGAUUUUUCUUUUUUUGGUUUUGUAGAUUUUUUUCUAUAUAUGAAAUGUUUUGUACUGUAUCUGAUAAAAGAAGACUCACUAUAGCUGAUUUAUUUUUGUAUAAAUUAAGGCAAUAUCGUUACAGUCUAAUCACUGUUGUUUCUACCUGUCUGCCUCAGGGUGACUGUGUAUGGCAAGUCAUUCAAAAGUCGGGUUUCCCUUUUUCUUUUCUGGCCGUGACUAGCAGGUAGACGGAUCAACGGAGUGCAUCGGGUUUGAAGCGAGGUGCCCAAAGAUAAGUAUUUUCAGGUCUCAGUACCUCCUACCUGACGAUGAUGAGCGCUAAUCCUGUGUUCUUGCCAACUACGUUUCUACUAUCUAACUUAUUUAGAUGGUUCAGCGUCAGAAUUUGAGUUCGUGUGAAUCUUAAUGUUCGGUUUAUGCGUGCCAUGGUUUUUGCUUGAUGAACAAUAAUUUUUGGCGGUGCAAAUUACGACAUUGAAAACGGCGUUUUGGUCCUCCGAGGCUAGUCGGAUCCGCCGAUUACGUCGAGUGAUGUGUUGAUUUUAUGUGUCGGGUGCAGCUCUACUAAACGGACCUCUUUUAAAAAAAAAUACAAACGACUCUGUGAAGCUCCUAAUGUGCAGCUCGAUGUUGGAGAGGAGGUUCGCCAGUUUAAGCUAAAGCUCCAUGUGUUGCCGACUCGGGGCUCACGGUCAGCUUUUGUAGAAAACGUGAUGGAACCGUGGCGAACGGUCAAACUGUCGCGAAGAAGGUGAAGGCCAUCUUUUCCGCUUCAUGAGCAACACGUUUAUGUCUAAUAAAACAAGGCACUGAGAUUCUUCGUCCACUGGAAAUGAAUGUGUCGCACCGUUUUUAGUCUGAUGAUUAACUACUGUUGAGUUCCAGUCUCUCAGGGUUCUGGGGUUUUGUCUUUUGAUAAGAUAAAAAGUUUUUAGCAUUUUUAUUUUGUGCAACAUUUUUUUUUUUUUUUGUUCGUAAUGCAAAAUUUUGUUUCGUUUCCCUGCAUCAAUUAACCUUUUCUAUUGCAACUCCUCCCUUCCAUUUAUUGAGCAAAUCUCCAUCUUGGUUUGACAAAAACAAGUGAUAUAACAUUCUGGUGCAUAAUGAUGCAUCAAGGAGCGGCUCACCCAUAAGAGCUGGUAUUUUUUUUUUUUUUUGAACAACUAAUUAAUAAACAGACUUUCUCAUCUCUCCUGACAUUGUCCUUCAUGCCUAGCUGUCAGUUGGGUCUUUAAUGUAAACAAAGAUGUUCACAAGAAGCCUGUUGCCCUUGUUUCCUUCUUUUUUUAUUGCGUCAAAAAUAAAUAUAUUGGCUACAUUAGUGAAACUUUCUGGUGCACCCAGUAGACUGCUCAGGGGAAUCUUCAGCUGCUCUGUCCCAAACCUUAAGAAAAUGGGUUUUGUGGACUGAAACAUCGUGUUUUGCUGUAAAUCGCCACCCCCACCCUCUACAAAUGGCUUUGAUACACAACCCCAGGGUUAAGUAGACUUACCCAAUGUGCAUAUGAAUUAUGCAUCUACCAGAUUGGAGUUAAAAGGUUUCGUCCCCAUGCAGGAAUAUUAAAGCGCAUCUGAGAUAUCAAAAGAAUGGUUAAAAAAAAAUUCUCUGUUUCUUCUUUUUCUGUGAAUUUCAUUAAGUUUUUGUGUUGUUUCAAAAAUAAAAAGGGGAUAAAGAGUUUUGGCGAUCUGUUUGGGAAUAACUACGUAUGCUUCACUGUACAGCAUUGUUUGUAAAAUGGAAUAAGGUACAGUUUAGAUAAGAUGUAAUAAAAGAGUUUCAAAUUUGAAUUCAUAAUUAAAUUACUGUACUACUUUA